AUGGCCUCAACAUCGGCUGGACAGAAUUCCACUGCAAAACCCGACACCACAGUCGCCACGAACAACAGUCGGGAACGCGAGCGUGACUUGAAGCAGUUCACCGAGAGAUUUGUCAAGACCGUCCAAUUUCCGGUGUCCGAGCGGCUCACCGUCGACCAAGUCUACGAUCGGCGGACCGGGAAACCAAGGCAUGAAGUGCUUCGCGAUCACUUCAUUAAGGAGGGACGGAUAGAAGAAGAGGCGGCGAUUCGUGUUAUUCAAGAGUGUACAAGUCUCUUCCGAAAUGAGAAAACCAUGCUGGAAAUCGAGGCGCCGGUGACCGUAUGCGGAGAUAUUCACGGACAAUUCUAUGAUCUCAUGAAACUUUUCGAAGUCGGCGGCUCGCCAGCCACCACCAAAUAUCUAUUCUUGGGAGAUUACGUCGAUCGAGGAUACUUCUCGAUCGAAUGUGUCCUCUAUCUGUGGGCGUUGAAGAUCUGUUAUCCGAGCACACUGUUCCUUUUGAGAGGAAAUCACGAGUGCCGUCAUUUGACAGAGUAUUUCACUUUCAAACAGGAGUGCAAGAUCAAGUAUUCCGAACGGGUUUACGAUGUAUGCAUGGAAUCGUUCGAUGCACUUCCAUUGGCUGCUCUCAUGAAUCAACAGUUCCUUUGUGUGCAUGGUGGCCUCUCACCCGAAAUUCAUACUUUGGAGGAUAUCAGGAGGAUAGACAGAUUCAAGGAGCCACCAGCAUUCGGUCCAAUGUGUGACCUUCUCUGGUCGGAUCCACUUGAGGAUUUCGGAAACGAAAGGAAUUCCGAACAAUUUAGUCAUAAUUCGGUUAGAGGAUGCUCUUACUUCUACAGCUACGCCGCUUGCUGUGACUUCCUGCAGCACAACAACCUGCUCUCGAUCAUUCGUGCUCACGAGGCUCAAGAUGCUGGAUACCGCAUGUAUCGCAAAUCUCAAGCCACCGGCUUCCCGUCGCUUAUCACCAUCUUCAGUGCGCCAAAUUAUUUGGAUGUCUAUAAUAACAAAGCGGCUAUUCUGAAAUACGAGAAUAAUGUGAUGAACAUUCGCCAGUUCAAUUGUAGUCCACAUCCAUAUUGGUUGCCAAACUUCAUGGAUGUCUUCACUUGGUCUCUGCCAUUCGUUGGAGAGAAGGUAACGGAGAUGCUGGUUCAUAUUCUCAACAUUUGUUCGGACGACGAGCUGAUGGCUGAAUGCGAUGACACUUUCGAAGGUGGAGUACCGUCGGCAAGAAAAGAAGUCAUUCGACACAAGAUUCGUGCGAUUGGAAAGAUGGCCAGAGCUUUCUCGGUUCUCAGAGAGGAAUCCGAAAGUGUUCUUGCUUUGAAAGGUCUCACACCGACUGGUGCUCUUCCAGCUGGAACACUUCAAGGUGGAUCACGUGGAAUUAGAGAAGUCGCCGCAGUAUCCGGAGUCGAUAUGGGACACACGAUUCAAACAUUCGAAGAAGCUCGUCGUCUCGAUAAAAUCAACGAGAGAAUGCCACCAACAAUGGCGACGCCACCAGCUCAAUCGCCAUCUCAAUCACCGAUUCCAUCACGACAAACGACUCCUCAACCACCUCAAAAUGGUCCAUCGAAUAGUUCAUCUUCAUAG